UUUCAUUUUGUCACUUGAUUAGUUUGACUUGUUUAGAGGUUAUUUUUCAUUUGGACGUUGUGGGGCUACGUUAGUUUUAUUAUUUGUAUGUAUUACGUUACGAGAAAUAGUUAUGAUUAUUAAUAGUGUAAGAAGUGUAAACAAACUUUAUUUAACGAAUACAUUUAAAAAAUAUCAAAGAUGUAUAAUAAGCAGAAUGAACAGUUCCGCAGACGAACAGGGAAAAGUGGUGGAUUUAAAACGGAUCAGGAAUUUCAGUAUCGUGGCUCAUGUCGACCACGGCAAAAGUACAUUAGCCGACCGACUACUUGAAAUUACUGGGGUAAUUAAACCUGGAGCUAAAAAUGCUCAGGUUUUGGAUAAGUUACAGGUUGAGAGGGAAAGAGGAAUCACAGUUAAAGCUGUGACAGCAUCAUUGAACUAUACACAUAAUGGAGAAUCAUAUCUUCUAAAUCUUAUCGAUACGCCUGGCCAUGUUGAUUUUUCAAAUGAGGUGGUUCGCAGUGUAACAGCAUGUCAAGGUGUCAUUUUAUUAGUGGAUGCAAAUGAAGGUGUUCAAGCACAGACAGUUGCAGUUCAUUCCCUAGCUAAAAGGAAUAACCUGGUCAUUAUACCCACACUGAACAAAGUAGACCUACCCAGAUCAAACCCAGAAAAUGUAAAAUCUCAGAUGAAAUCACUAUUCAACAUUGACCCUGAUACUGUCAUGAGCAUAUCUGCCAAAAGAGGUUGGGGUGUAAAGGAACUCCUAGAAGCUGUUAUUGAGAGGAUUCCCUCUCCCGUUGUGGACUCCGGAGGUCAAUUUAAAGCUCAUGUCAUUGACACGUGGCAUGAUAAGUAUAGAGGUGUUUUGUGUCUGGUAUAUAUUCAUACUGGCAAAGUGCAAGUGGGGCAGCCUGUUAAAUGGAGGUCAGAUUUUAAACAGCACACAGUGAAGUUCUUGGCGCUUUUGAGACCUGAUGAGGAACCAAUUCAAGAAGCUAUUGCUGGCCAAGUUGUUAUGGUAGGUUGCGGCCCCAGAGGGGGCGGUUCUGUCGGAGAUCAGCUCCUGUCAACUGACUAUGUUGUGAGCGGCCAAGCAAAGGAAGUGGCUCCAUUAAGACACAUGGUGUAUGCCGGCGUAUUCCCUGCAGACCAAUCACAACACACAAUGCUCAGUGAUGCAAUAAAGAAAUUGGCCUUAAACGACUCUGCUGUCUCUGUAACUCCUGAUUCGAGUCCAGCGUUGGGCCAAGGUUGGCGCAUCGGCUUUCUGGGGCUGUUACAUCUUGAUGUGUUCACGCAGCGUCUCUUACAAGAAUAUAAAGCUGAAGCUAUUCUAACGGCACCCUCCGUGCCCUAUAAGGUUAAAAUCAUAGGAUCAAAGUUGAAAAAACACUAUAAAAGUGAUGAAAUUCUAAUAACAAAUCCUUUAAUGUUACCUGAUUCAAACAAUAUAGAAGAAUAUUAUGAACCUUUUGUUAUAGGUACAAUUAUAACCCCUGUAGAGUAUAUCGGAUCAGUGACCACUUUGUGCAUUGAUAGACGAGGUACGCCGCUGCCCUCCAACGCUGUGGAUGACAAAAUGACGAUGUUGCAGUUCAUAUUGCCCUUAUCUGAGGUCGUGGUAGACUUCCAUGAUACUCUCAAAAGUAUAACGUCUGGAUUUGCCAGUUUCGAUUACCAAGACUACGGAUUUCAUCCGAGCCCAUUAGUGAGGAUGGAUAUUCUACUGAAUGGAGUAAUGGUCGAUGAACUGUCCACUAUAGUUCACGUCAGCCGAUUAGAAUACAACGCCAGGAGACUCACUGAGAAGUUGAAGGAAAUGAUACCAAGGCAAAUGGUGCAGAUCGCCAUUCAAGCGGUAGUCGGUGGGAAAGUAUUUGCAAGAGAAACAUUGAAAGCAUUUAGGAAGGAUGUUACAGCAAAAUUGUAUGGUGGUGAUGUGACACGCAGAAAAAAGUUACUAAAGCAACAAGCAGAGGGCAAAAAGAAGAUGCGAAGCGUCGCAAACAUUAAAAUUCCAAGAAAUACCUUCAUUGAUGUAUUGAAAAAAUAAAUUGGAAAGCUGGAAA